AUGGCUGGUGUCACCACCAAUGCCGUUGCCGUUGCCAUUGUCGCACUCCUGUCCGUGCUCGUGACAUCCGUCCGUUCUGCAGAGAACUACGACACCUCCCUCGCCAAAUCCUACAACUCCGGCUGGCUCGCCGCCAAGGCCACCUGGUACGGCCCACCCACCGGCGCCGGGCCCGAAGACAACGGUGGUGCUUGCGGCUUCAAGAACGCGAACAAGUACCCCUUCUCCUCCAUGACGUCCUGCGGCAAUGAACCUCUCUUCCAGGACGGAGCCGGAUGCGGCAGCUGCUACCAGAUACGCUGCCUCAGAAACAACAACCCUGCCUGCUCCGGCGAGCCUAGGACGGUGGUCAUCACCGACAUGAACUACUACCCCGUCGCAAGGUACCAUUUUGAUCUGAGCGGCACGGCGUUCGGCGCCAUGGCGUUCGGUGGCCAGAACGAUCAGCUCCGCCACGCCGGCAUCAUCGACAUGCAGUUCAGGAGGGUGCCCUGCAACUUCCCGGGAAUGAAGGUGACCUUCUUCGUCCUGCCGGGGGCCAACCCCAACUACCUCCCGGUGGUGCCGGCGUACGCGAACGGGGACGGGGCCGUGGUGAAGAUGGACGUCAUGCGGAGCAGGAACGGACGCCCGACGGGGAGCUGGGAGUCGAUGUACCGCUCCUGGGGCACCGUCUUUCGGUUGGACACCAGGGAGCCGCUGCAAGGCCCAUUAUCCCUGCGCAUCACCAGUGACACCGGCAAGUCGCGCGUGGCCAACAAUAUCAUCCCCUAUGGCUGGGCGGGCGGCAGAAGCUACUGGUCCGACGUCCAGUUUUGA